UGACGAAAAAACCUAGAGAGAGAAACAGAGGAUAGAGAGAUGGGAGACGAUGGGGUGAAGAACGAGGCAAUGGAGAUUCUAGGUCUGUUUCAGUUGCUGCCUCGCCUCGUCGUUUUCGAUCUCGAUUACACUCUCUGGCCUUUCUACUGCGAAUGCCGCUCGAAACGUGAAAUGCCGAAAUUGUACCCUCAAGCAAAGGGGGUUCUCUAUGCUCUAAAGGAUAGAGGAGUUGAUGUUGCUAUUGCCUCAAGAUCGCCCACUCCUGAUAUAGCAAACGCGUUUCUCGAUAAAUUGGGGAUUAAAUCGAUGUUUGUUACUCAGGAGAUAUAUUCUAGUUGGACCCACAAGACUGAACAUUUCGAGAGAAUUCAUAGGAAGACUCGUGUUCCUUACAAUGAAAUGCUCUUUUUCGAUGACGAGGAUCGAAACAUAGAUGCAGUAUCUAAAAUGGGUGUUACGAGCAUCUUGGUCGGCAAUGGUGUGAAUCUAGGUGCAUUGAGACAAGGGCUCUCCAACUUCUCACAAAAUCGUUCGUCUUCAGAAAAAGGAAAGCAAAAAAAAUCGAAAAAGUCAAGUCCAUCCAAAACAGAGGACCAAUAAAUUAUUUGCUUCCUUCUUUGAAAUAUGACAGCUUAAGAUUACCUAUGAUGAAUUCAUAUUAUUCUCGUCAGAUACAUAUACGAGACACAUUUUUUACGAUUUUUGAAUUGGUUGUACUGUAUUGUAUAUGUUUAUUCAAAUACAUGCUGAAUUUUCAGAAAUGUUUGAUUUAUGACUUAUGCAAAGGAUAUGUUAUUAU